AUGUCGACCAUGACUCAAGUCGACCCCAGCUCUGCAUCCCAUGCAGUACCGUCUCGUCAUCACCUUGAGAGCGACCAACAAGCAUCCAAGCUUUCCGAGAUCUCGUUUGCUUCGACGCUAGCCGACGCGCAACAUUCCCACUUUAACCCAGCCUUACAAUCCGCAGGAUCGACCGUAAACCCACCUUUACCCUCUACUUGGUCAAGAUCAGACUACAGCGUCGACCCGCCGCCAGGCUCCAUAGAGCCCGCCGGUAGAUCUAGUAGCUCGAGCGCAUCGCACAAAGGCAAGCAACCUAGCAAUGGCCAUCACAUUGAUCCAGAACAUCUCAAGCUUGGCACCAUCGACGAGACCGCUGCAGCAAACGUCAACGCAUUUACCACCGACGAGCUGUACAGGUCCUCAGCCAACGGCUAUCUCCGAUUUGAUGCUGGCCAUCAUCGUCAAGGACGUGGCCGCACCGACUCUGCCGACUACAGCGAGCCUCCUUACUCACCUUCAACCUAUCCGCCAACAAGCGAAGAGGAUUCGGAAGCCAAGCGCGUGCAACAAAAUCUGGAACGCUGGGCGGCUGAAGAGCGCCAUCGUCGCAAAGCGCAAAGGUCCUCAAAAAUCGGCUCGAAUCGAAACUCGGCCGUCUCUGGCGCAAGCGGCAUCACUCAUCGCUUGUCCAUAUUGCGAUCGGCUGCGUUUUCUGGCAACAUGCAUAACAAUCUGGGCGCCGGUCCUUCGUCCGAGAGACUCGCCGAUGCUGCAAGCGCAAGCCCCAGUGUAUCAUACACCACUGCGUUCACAGAUCGACAUCGCGAAGCAAUACCGCGUCCGACUGUCACUUCUUCAACAGGCGCACCAGAUGCACCAAGAGGCUUGCAUCGUCCCGCCAGUCCGUCGUCCUUCGAAAGCUCACAGUCAAACGGCUCUCCGGCCUCGGAAGACCACGAGUCGAACAGGAUCCUACCUCGCAUUGGCUCUCGUGUGCCUCCUGCCACACACGGCUGGCACGUCGGUGGAGGCAGUGCAGGUGAUUCCGACGCUCUCGACUCGGUUGACAGCCGCCAUGCGCACGAUCCGUUCCGUGAUCCUUCCCAAGACGACAACUUCCCAGCGAAGCGCUUGUCGCUUAAGCCGACACCAACAGCAACUCGCCCCAUCGUCACCGUCGGACGAGCUUCUAGCAUCCAGCGCCGAGCGUUGGAAACGAGUUACAAGGAUGCAAAAGGGAAAGGAAAGGGUCGAUCUAUGCCGACCAUUGUCGCCACAGAUACCGAGGCUGAGGCUGAGGAGUAUGGACCUGGCAAUGCGAGUGAGAAUCCUUUCUCUUCGAGCCAAGACCGAAGCCGAGACCAAGACUGGUUACAGCGAAUCAGAACCACUUCCACCACUAUCCAUCAGGGCGGCCUAGAUGAGGAGGUAGCCAUGGAGAUUGCAGGAAGCACAAACAAAAUGGACACGAGCGGCGAUCUUGGCGAAAGCACGCUCGACACAGUUGUUGGAGCUCGACGAGCGCCAGCGCGUACAUCGACGAGCAGUUCCAAGUUCAGAGAACUUGGCAUUUCCGAAGGCGACGACUGGAUCGAGUCAGUGGCAAGUGGUAAAGCGCAGCAGCACGGCAGUACAACAAGUAUGCGCAUUCCUAGACGCGCACAGGCUGGCAGCGAUCAAGACGAGUCUCGUAGACCUUGGUGGACCGAGCUUCUCUGUGGCUGUAGUCGUGAUCAAGACGAUGAUGAACAGGCUGGACGCACGAAUCCCAUGGAAUAG